AUGACCGUUUCCACCAUCCCCCUCAUCCUGGACAACAAGGAUGUCGUGACACCCACCACAUUCGCCGUGAACAGCCCCGGCACGGGCACGCUUGUCCACCAGUGCAGCAGCGCUUCCGUCGACCAUGUCCAGCGCGCGGCGGACUCGGCGCACGCGGCAUUCAAGCAUUGGUCAAAGACGAAACCCGCCGUCCGCCGGGACAUCAUGCUCAGAGCUGCGGAGAUCUACCUGCGACGAAAGGAGGAAUUGCUCGGCUACUGCGCUGAAGAGACGGGCUCGUCGGGCCCGUUCCCGGAACUUACGUUUGGUCUGAGCCACCAGUUGCUGAAAGAUGUAGCUGGGCGAGCGGCGGAUAUCGAAGGUGUUGUGCCGCAGCUGGUGGAGGACGGGCAGAGCGCGAUUGUUUACAAAGUGCCGUAUGGUGUGAUUCUGAGCAUGGUGCCCUGGAAUGCUCCGUUCCCUCUCGGAAUGCGCGCAAUCGUCCUCCCCUUGAUGGCGGGUAACACGGUGGUGCUGAAGGCGUCGGAACUAUCGCCAAAGACAUUCUGGGGCAUUGUAGAUGUCUUCCGCGAAGCCGGCUUGCCGGACGGGUGCCUCAAUCUGGUUUACAUUCGCCCAUCGGAUGCUGCCGAGGUCACAACGGCUCUGAUUGCGCAUCCAGCUGUUCGCAAAGUAAACUUCACGGGAAGCACGCUAGUAGGCAGCAUCAUUGCAUCCACUGCGGGAAAAUAUAUCAAGCCUGUUUUGCUGGAACUCGGCGGCAAGGCAAGCUCCCUGGUGCUUGAUGAUGCUGACCUCAAGAAUGCCGCCACGCAGUGCGUGCUUGGAGCCUUUUUAAAUGCUGGCCAAAUUUGCAUGUCUACCGAACGUAUCAUCGUCCAGCGAGCGGUGGCAGAGAAGUUCCGCUCCAUCUUGGUCGAAACAAUGGAGAACAUGUACCACCACGAGGUUCCAUCCCCGGUUCUUAUUAAUGCCGCACCUGUAGCCAAAAACAAGAAGCUUGUUUCCGAUGCAUUAUCCCGAGGGGCAGGGAUUGUUCACGGAGACCCUCACCGGGAGGAGUCGUCAGACACCAGAAUGAAGCCAGUGAUCCUUGAGAAUGUGACUCCGGAUAUGGAUAUACACGCGACGGAGUCCUUUGGUCCCACGGUUGCCCUUUUCGUCGUGGACACGGAGGACGAAGCCAUUGAGCUGGCGAAUGACACAGAAUACGGCCUGACGUCGGCAGUGUUCACCACCAGCCUGGGCAGAGGAUUGCGCGUGGCUAAACAGAUCGAAUCGGGUGCGGUUCAUAUCAAUUCGCUGACCGUCCACGAUGAGCCCGGUUUGCCACACGGUGGGCUCAAGAAGAGCGGAUUUGGUCGCUUUGGUGGUACCAGCGGUCUGAAUGAGUUCUUGACCACAAAGUCCGUGACUUGGAUGGAUAUCUAA